CGCCGCCGCCCUCGUUUUCGCCAUGCCCAAAGGAGGGAGAAAAGGAGGCCACAAGGGCCGGGCGAGGCAGUACACCAGCCCCGAGGAGAUUGACGCACAGCUCCAAGCAGAGAAGCAGAAGGCCAAGGAGGAAGAGGAGGCUGAACAGGAGGGAGGCGACGGGGCAUCGGCAGAGGCCAAAAAGGAGAAGAAGUCGCUAGAUUCAGAUGAGAGCGAGGAGGAGGAGGAUGAAGAUUACCAGCCAAAGCACAAAGGAGUGGAAGGCAUGAUAGACAUCGAAAAUCCCAAUCGCGUUGGACAGACGGCCAAAAAAGUCACUCAGAUAGAUAUGGAGAGCCCCAGGGAAUUAUCGCGGAGAGAGCGAGAGGAAAUUGAAAAACAGAAAGCGAAAGAGCGAUACAUGAAAAUGCACCUCGCUGGAAAGACGGAACAGGCCAAGGCGGAUCUCGCCCGGCUAGCAAUCAUCCGGAAACAGAGGGAAGAAGCAGCCAAAAAGAAGGAGGAAGAAAAAAAAGCUAAAGAUGACGCCUCUGUGACCGGCAAACGAUUGCAGUCGCUGUCCCUCAACAAGUAAGCCACGUGGGAGGAGGGAAUUCCCAGGAGCCGUGCCUGGCGGGUGCCU